ACCUCCCUAGAGCCCUGCGCCCAAUCCCCAUGGCUAGCCCCGGCGGCGCCGCGCUCCAGCGGCACGCAGCCGUGGCCGUCCUUCGCGCGGCAGCCGCCGCUGGAGACCUAUCCAAGGGAAAGGCACUCCACGCCCAGAUAAUCAGAGCCGCUCAUUUCCACAUCGUCCUGCACAACAACCUCAUCUCCUUCUACGCCAAGUGCGGCCAGGUCGGGCUCGCUCGCAGAGUGUUCGACGCAAUGCCCUUCCGGAACGCCGUGUCCGGAAAUCUCCUCAUGUCCGGUUAUGCUUCAUCAGGGCACCAUAAGGAUUCGCUUGCUCUGCUCAGGGUGGUUGACUUUGGCCUGAAUGAGUAUGUUCUAUCAGCAGCGGUGGCUGCAAGCACCCAUGUCCGGAGCUAUGAUAUGGGGAGGCAGUGCCAUGGGUAUGCUGUUAAGGCUGGUCUGGCAGAACAAGCUUAUGUCUGCAACGCAGUGCUGCAUAUGUACUGUCAGUGUGCUCAUAUGGAGGAUGCAGUGAAGGUAUUCCAGAAUGUGUCUGGUUUUGAUGCAUUCGCGUUCAACUCAAUGAUAAAUGGGUUUCUUGAUCAGGGGAAAUUGGAUGGUUCGGUUAGGAUUGUGACAGCUAUGGUGGGAGAAGUUGAGAAAUGGGAUCAUGUGUCGUAUGUUGCAGUUCUUGGGCAUUGUGCUAGCAUGAAGGACUUGGUAUUUGGUGGUCAGGUGCAUGCCCAAACUUUGAAGAGGAGGCUUGAACUGAAUGUGUUUGUGGGGAGUGCACUUGUUGAUAUGUAUGGGAAAUGUGACCGUGCCCAUGAUGCUCAAUGCGCAUUCGAUGUCUUGCCAGAAAAGAAUGUUGUUUCUUGGACAGCUGUUAUGACUGCUUACACUCGAAAUGAGCUGUAUGAAGAUGCAUUGCAAUUGUUCUUGGACAUGGAAAUGGAAGAAGUUAAGCCAAACGAAUUCACUUAUGCUGUGGCUCUCCAUAGCUGUGCUGGUCUUGCAGCCUUGAGAAAUGGUAAUGCCCUUAGUGCCUGUGCUUUGAAGACUGGGCACUGGGUUCAUUUGGUUGUUUGUAAUGCCCUCAUGAACAUGUACUCAAAGAGUGGCAGCAUCGAAGAUGCAUGGAGAGUCUUCGUUUCCAUGCCAUUACGUGAUGUAGUCUCUUGGAAUUUGAUCAUCACAGGCUAUGCGCAUCAUGGCCUUGCAAGUGAAGCAAUGGAAGCAUUUCAUUGUAUGCUCUCUGCAGGAGAAGUUCCAUCUUAUGUAACUUUCAUUGGAGUGUUGUCAGCUUGUGCUCAAUUGGGUCUUGUUGAUGAAGGAUUCUACUACUUGAAUACUAUGAUGAAACAAGUUGGAGUUACACCUGGAAAGGAACAUUAUACUUGUAUGGUUGGUUUGUUAUGCAGAGCUGGACGUCUAGAUGAGGCUGAGCGGUUCAUAGUGAAUAAUUGCAUUGGCACAGAUGUUGUUGCAUGGCGAUCGCUGCUAAGUUCAUGCCAGGUAUAUAGAAAUUAUGGCUUGGGUCAUCGCGUAGCUGAACAGAUUCUUCAAUGGAAGCCCAACGAUAUUGGAACCUAUGUUUUGCUUUCUAACAUGUAUGCAAAAGCGAACCGAUGGGAUGGCGUUGUGAAGGUUCGGAAGCAGAUGAGAGAGAUGGGUGUUAGGAAGGAACCUGGUGUUAGUUGGAUUCAAGUGGGAAGUGAUGUUCAUUUUGUCACAUCGGAAGACAAGGUACAUCCACAGAUGGACCAGAUCGCCAUAAAACUUGAAGAGCUGAUCGACCAGAUAAAAGCGAUUGGAUAUGUUCCAAACUUUGCUGUGGUCCUACAUGAUAUUGAGGAUGAACAAAAAGAGGAGCACCUUAUGUAUCACAGUGAGAAAUUGGCUCUAGCCUUCGGUCUUAUUCACACACCUAAGGGAGCAACGAUCCAUAUUAUGAAAAACCUCAGGAUAUGUGAUGAUUGUCAUGUUGCUAUCAAACUCAUAUCAGUUGUCACUGGCAGAAAAAUAGUUGUAAGGGAUGCCGUUCGAUUUCAUUGUAUAGAUGGUGGGGUUUGCUCAUGUGAUGAUUAUUGGUGAUUUGUGGUACAACUGUCUUGAUAACAUGUGCCCGUUGAGUUA